AGUGUAAGCCCAAGACUCUUUCUCUUUUAAAUAUCUUUCUCUUUUAACGCUUCAAACGUAAAAAAUUCGUUUAACAACAGAAACAAAAAACACAGAAAAACACUUUCCAAACGUUAGCAAAUUUUUGGUUGAUCUUGUUUGCAUGAUUGUUUUCUGGCAACAAGAAAAACAAAAACAGAAACAAUAAUAAUGUCGUGUUCAAUAGAGGUUUCUAAUUCUCCGGUGUUUUCUUCUCCCUCAUCGUCUCUAUUCGAAACGCUAGCGCUUCCAUUAACCCACGUAAAGUUUUCGCCUUCCUCUUCGUUGUCUCCGACUCCGUCUUCGCCUUCGCCUUCUUCUCCGUUUCGGUUUCGUCUUCAGAAGCCACCCACUGGAACGACGUCGACUUCGUCGUCGUCGGCUUCUUCUUCGGCGUCGGCUGCGGUUGUGGGUGUAGGUGCGGCGUCCCCACAGACGAUAUUGAAGAGAAAGAGGCCGGCGAAGCUUGAUAUUCCGGUGGCUGCUAUGAGCUUUGGAGGGAUGGUGACUCCCAGAGAAGUACGAAGAGAUGAAUUGGAAGAGGAAAGAGAAGGGUGUUACUCUGUUUAUUGUAAAAGAGGGAGAAGAGAAUCUAUGGAGGAUCGUUACUCUGCUGUCCUUGAUUUUCAAGGGGAUUCCAAACAGGCUGUCUUUGGUAUUUUUGAUGGACAUGGAGGUGCCAAAGCUGCUGAAUUUGCAGCAGAGAAUCUAGAUAAGAACAUUUUGGAGGAAGUGAUGAAGAGGGGUGAACAUGAAAUUCGGGAUGCAGUCAAACGUGGUUAUUUGAAUACAGAUUCUGAGUUUCUAAAAGAAGAUGUUCAUGGUGGCUCAUGUUGUGUGACUGCUUUGAUACGAAAAGGAACUCUUGUUGUAUCAAAUGCUGGUGAUUGUCGUGCUGUUAUGAGCCGUGGAGGCAUUGCUGAGGCCCUCACAUCUGAUCACCGCCCCUCAAGGGAGGAUGAAAGAAACAGAAUUGAGACUCUGGGUGGUUAUGUUGAUUUGUGCCAUGGUCUAUGGAGAGUGCAGGGGUCUCUUGCCGUGUCUAGAGGCAUUGGUGAUCGCCACCUUAAACAUUGGAUAAUAGCUGAGCCGGAGACAACAAUCAUUAGAAUCAAACCCGAAUACGAGUUCUUAAUUCUAGCAUCUGAUGGCUUGUGGGAUAAGGUUAGUAACCAGGAAGCAGUUGAUGUUGCUCGCCGUUUUUGCAGAGGUAUCGAUGUACCAGCACCAAUGUUAGCUUGCAAAAAGCUAGUAGACCUUUCUGUGUCACGAGGUUCAGUUGAUGAUAUUAGUGUGAUGCUGAUUCCAUUGAAUCGCUACAUUUGAAUGUUCCCCAUGACAACAUGAUAGGAAAUCCACCUAACGCCCAGGCUGAUAUGAAGGGGGGUUGGCGAUGGAACGAUGAUAUAUAAGUUAGAGUAGCUUAAUCUAGUUCAAGUAUUUAGCCACUCACAGUGGAAGAAUAGAGAAUUUAAUACUUCAUUCUUUUAUUGAUUUAUUCAUAGAGAUUCAUUGACCUUGAUAUGUAUAUAAUAAAGUUAUAAUUAGAGAUGCUCAAUACUCAGAUUAUUUUUCAUCUUAUAUCAAUAAUAUCAGCAUCAUUUUUUCUGUA